CGGGAAGACGCGGCGGCGGCUGUCGCGGCGGCGCGAGCAGGAUCUCAGACGCGGUAUCGCGGCGGCGGCAGCGGCGCGGCUCCACCGGGUCCCCUCCCUCCUCCGCUUCCCCUUCCUCCCCCUCCCCUCGGCCGUGGUCCCCGAGGAGUCCGAGACACGCGGCGAGGCGGCGACAAGCUCCGGGUGAGGGUCUCUGGAGUGUGAGCGCCGUUUCCCGGGCGGAGGGAGCCCGGGUCGAGGAGGAGGAGGGUCAACUCACCCUCCAGAACGUCCAUCCUCCCAAGAAGAAGGGACAGAAAGAAAGACCUCUUUGUAAGAAAGUCUUGGGUAUCCCAUGAACCAGACAGCAGAAAACCGAUUGGGGUGCAGCAGGACUCCAGAGCCAGAUAUAAGGCUCAGAAAAGGGCACCAACUGGAUGGUACAAGGAGAAGUGAUAAUGACAGCCAUCAAAGAAAUUUGGAGCCUGUUUUAGAGGCAUCUGUUCUUUCUUCCCAUCAUAAAAAAAUCUCUGAGGAACAUGAGUGCAAUGAUGAAGCUUCUCAGGAAGAUGAGGGGUUUAUGGGUAUGUCCCCUCUUUUACAAGCCCAUCAUGCUAUGGAAAGAAUGGAAGAAUUUGUUUGUAAGGUAUGGGAAGGUCGAUGGCGAGUAAUCCCUCAUGAUGUACUACCAGACUGGCUCAAGGAUAAUGAUUUCCUUUUACAUGGACAUCGGCCCCCAAUGCCUUCUUUCCGGGCCUGUUUUAAGAGCAUUUUCAGAAUACAUACAGAGACAGGCAACAUCUGGACACAUCUUUUAGGUUGUGUAUUCUUCCUGUGCCUGGGGAUCUUUUAUAUGUUUCGCCCAAACAUCUCCUUUGUGGCCCCUCUGCAGGAGAAGGUGGUCUUUGGAUUAUUCUUCUUGGGGGCCAUUCUCUGCCUUUCUUUUUCAUGGCUCUUCCACACAGUCUACUGCCACUCAGAAGGGGUCUCCCGGCUCUUCUCUAAAUUGGAUUACUCUGGUAUUGCUCUUCUGAUAAUGGGAAGUUUUGUUCCAUGGCUUUAUUAUUCUUUCUACUGUAAUCCACAACCUUGCUUCAUCUACUUAAUUGUCAUCUGUGUGCUGGGCAUUGCAGCCAUUAUAGUUUCUCAGUGGGACAUGUUUGCUACCCCUCAGUAUCGAGGAGUAAGAGCAGGAGUAUUUUUGGGCCUUGGUCUGAGUGGAAUCAUUCCUACCUUGCACUAUGUCAUCGCGGAGGGGUUCCUGAAGGCAGCCACCAUAGGGCAGAUCGGCUGGCUCAUGCUAAUGGCCAGCCUCUACAUCACAGGCGCCGCCCUCUAUGCUGCCCGCAUCCCUGAGCGCUUCUUUCCUGGCAAAUGUGAUAUCUGGUUUCACUCUCAUCAGCUAUUUCACAUCUUUGUGGUGGCGGGCGCGUUCGUUCACUUCCACGGCGUCUCGAACCUCCAGGAGUUCCGUUUCAUGAUUGGUGGAGGCUGCAGCGAAGAGGACACACUCUGACACCUUCCGUGAGCCAGGGACCCUGAACAGAGCCUGUAGCAUCUGCAGGCCUCCCUUUCCGGCCAUUGAGGCCAGUGCCAGAAGAGCCCCGAAACUUUGACAGCCUCAUGGGCUUUGUGAUGCCCCCGGGGCUCCACCUGGUACACGCCUGAGAAGAGAAAAACAAAAAUAAACCAUACCUCAAAGGAUGAAGUGCGUCAGUUUGGAGACAAGGAGAAAUGACCCAAACCCUGACUUGUAAUUGGGAUUUCCUGAUUGAGGGUUUUGCACGACCUGGGCAAACUGGCUUCUGAUCCGUGUCACAUUAUUUUGUAGAAGAUUGGAAACACAGUUUAGCUGGUGGUUUGUUCUUCUCCCUUUCUCUCUCCUUAAUCAGUAAUACAAACCAAUUUAGGUGAACAUUUAUAUCCUAUUAAAGGGUGGGAAUGUGAUUUUAGAUGCUCUUUUGAAAGAACAAAGAAAUUAAUGUAAAUAAGAUUUCUAACUUGCUGUUUAAAUAAGAAUUUAUAUAAAUGUUUAAAACAUAGGGGUAGGGGAGGGAGGGGAAUUUUUGUAUAGAAUGAAACAUGCAAGUACCACACACUGUUUCAAUUUUGCACAAAGUGACUGUAGGAAGAUCAGGUGAUGGCCCCAGAAUGUAUAAUGCCUUGGUGCACCAAGGUGCCUUCUAAAGGCUGGCAUACCUUGGACCCUGCGGGGCAGAAAGUACAGCCCCGGCCCAUUGAUUGCUUGACCAUUCUCAUGUUUGAGAGCCUUUGGGAAUCCCGAGGUAGAGGGAAGCUGUAUGUGUUUCUCAGUGGAAGCAGCAUGUGAAUGGCUGACAGGAUGUGUUAGAUAAAGGCUCUAGUUAAGGUAUCAUUUGAGAGACUGGUUUUCUGUGCUGAGAGUGACUCCUUCUAAAGAGUAGAGCCAUUUACUUGGGAAAGUUAAUUAUGCCAGCAAAGGGGUAAUGGAGACAGUGGGAGGAGCUCUGGAAAUGUUAGCAUAGAGGCUGAUCUAAUUACUUACUGGCUUCCUAUUCAGUUUUGUGGUGACUUUUAUCUGCAGAAAUGUGACAGUUUUCCAGAUCUUUGCUGUGGAGCUCUGGAACGUCCCCAAAAUUUCCUUCUGUUACAGUCACUGCCCUAACUACCCUUUCUCCUCCUGGGAAUACAAAUGGACCUGACAUCAUAGUUCCUGGCAUGGAGCCAGCCACAAAAGAGAUUCCCCUUGUCCAGGUGCCUCCUGAGCUCAUUUACAUAGGUUGGAAGGAUGCUUCCUUUGGAUCAGGAAAGGUGAAUUGCACCUCUGACACUACUGUCUUAGUAAGCCUAGUUGUGACACACAUAUCGGCUGUCUUUAAACAAAAAAGCCAGUAGAACUCUUGUAAAGCAAGGUCUAGUCCCACCAUGGAGUUAUCAGUAUUCCCUGAACCCCAGUUUUUGAGGAUAGCAUGGUGGGAAGUUUUAAAAGAAAGUUGGAUCUUUCAGGGAGCCUCAUACAGUCCUUAAGCUAUAUCUUUAAAGAGCUGCUGAAAGUAGGAAAAAGGUUACUCAUACCCCAGAGGUACCAUAGAAUUCUAAUCUUGGCUCAUAGGCAAACCACCAAAAUAGCACUUGAGUCUAAGGUUACUUGCUGUCAUCCAAGACUUCAGGUGAUUGAGUUACAUCUGGGGAUUGUGGGUUUUAGAGCUAAACACUGAAGCCCUGUGCCUGGGGGCUGGCAUCCUCAAAUAGGUGUUUGGUGUAUGGAUAGGGUCUCCUGUCCAGUAGUGUUUUCUUGGUCAUUAAUUUCCUUUCUCUUCCCUUCCAAUCUCCCAGCUUUUGCUGGGAGAAAGAAUCCAUUGUAGAACUUGGGAAGAACUUAAAGAGUUUUUUGGUUCUGGAUAAAGUCACUGCCUGGAGGCUAGGGGACCCAGCAAAAGACUUUUGUGAACUGAUGGAGUGCCUGACAGAAUAAAGAACAGUAUUACUCUCUUUGGUCAGUGGCCAUCUGGAAGGAAAGACAGUCUCAUGGAAGCAACAGCACAUAUCAGAAGCCAGACUUACUCUUCGGUCAUGCAUUUUGGGAUACAGGGUAUAAGAUGCAGCCCUGUAACAACACCAACAGAAGUAGUAGUUUCUGGGCCCAGUCACCCCACACCCCAAAGGAGGAGCUGAAUCUGGUUCAACAUAGCACAAACUGUUAGGAAAAAUGAAAUUAACAUCAAUGAUAUGUAGUCCAGUAAAAAUCUCCCUCUUUAGGGUGUGUGUGCGUGUGCGUGUGUGUGUGUGUGUGUGUGUGGGUGGGUGUGUGUGUGCGCGCGCCCAUUUAUAUGUGUGUGUCUAUGUGCAACUCACUACCAACAGCCUCACUGUGCACUUGGUCUUCACAGUGCUCGCUGAGAACUCUCACCAGGUUGGCGCCUGAAUGCCUUACUCUCAGCAUCAGAGGCUGGCUUGCUCUGUGCAGAUUUUUAAUUUUCUUUGUUGGCCCUGGGCUGGUUAGGACCUCUACAGCUUCGUUCUUUCACCAUUAAAUAGUGGCCUUUUUCAGUAUUUCCCCCCUGUCCCUUUAUAAAAUGCUGAAGCCACAAAGCACAUUUUUGGGGAUCAUAGAAGGUUGGGGUUCCAGAAAGGCCUCUUGUGUGAUGGUUCAAUUCACCAUGGGAUUUCCCUUACUCGCUGUAUUCUCAACUUCUAAUAAAAAGAACCAAAUGGAAUAUGAA